UAGAGGGACACGUGCAAGUUCUAACAUCUCUGAGUCGAGGGGGAAGGCUUCAAACUUCAGCAUUUAUACUGUCCCGAUAGGUGUACAGUUUUUAUUUUCUUGUGAAAGGCUUUACCGAAUAAGCAGUCAACAUGGUAAAGCCUCAGUUUAAGGGGAAGAACUCGAUAAACCCUUCUUCAUCCAGCUCGAACCCCGAUCGAGCCAAAGGUGCAGGGGGAAACAACAUGAGGGACAGAGCCACCAUUAAGCGUCUGAAUAUGUACAGACAAAAACAAAGAUGUAACAACCGAGGGAAAGUUAUCAAACCUUUACAGUACCAGUCUACAGUAGCACCAGGAACAGUUGCAAGAGUUGAACCCAACAUCAAAUGGUUUACAAACACUCGAGUGAUAAAGCAGUCAGCCCUCCAGAAGUUUCAAGAGGAGAUGGGAGCAGUACAGAAGGAUCCAUACCGUGUGGUGAUGAGGCAGAGCAAACUGCCCAUGUCUCUUUUGCAUGACAGAGCCAAAGCUCAUAACUCUAAGGUGCACAUAUUAGACACUGAGGGAUUUGAGACCACAUUUGGACCUAAGGCUCAGAGGAAGCGGCCCAAUCUCCUGGUUGGAGAUGUGAAGGAUCUUGUAGAGAGAGCGGAGGCUUCAGCAUUGAACUACAGUGCCGACAAAGACACAAACUUGGUGACAGAGGACACUGGUGUCCGGGAGGAAGUGCGUGAGGAGAUUUUCAAAAAGGGCCAAUCGAAGAGGAUCUGGGGAGAACUCUACAAGGUGAUCGACUCGUCUGAUGUCAUAAUCCAAGUGCUGGAUGCCCGUGAUCCGAUGGGAACCCGCUCCAAAAGCAUUGAGACAUAUCUGAAGAAAGAGAAACCUUGGAAACAUCUCAUCUUUGUAUUAAACAAGUGUGAUCUUAUCCCUACCUGGGUCACGAAACGGUGGGUUGCCGUUCUGUCCCAAGAGUAUCCAACUCUAGCUUUCCAUGCCAGCCUGACCAACUCAUUUGGUAAAGGUUCUCUCAUCCAGCUCCUCAGGCAGUUUGGGAAGCUCCACACAGACAAGAAACAGAUAAGCGUGGGUUUCAUUGGCUACCCAAAUGUGGGAAAGAGUUCAGUUAUCAACACUUUGCGCUCAAAAAAGGUCUGCAACGUGGCACCCCUCGCUGGAGAAACAAAGGUGUGGCAGUACAUCACACUAAUGAGGCGCAUCUUCCUCAUCGACUGCCCCGGUGUCGUUUACCCAUCAGAGGACAGCGAGUCUGAUAUAGUCCUAAAGGGAGUGGUUCAAGUGGAGAAGAUCAAAAACCCAGAAGAGCACAUCGGUGCGGUACUGGAACGAGCCAAACCCGAGUACAUCCAGAAGACUUACCGAAUUCCAACAUGGAGUUCUGCUGAUGACUUCCUUGAGAAGCUGGCAUUCCGUACUGGGAAGCUUCUAAAGGGAGGUGAGCCCGAUCUCAGUACGGUCUCCAAAAUGGUUUUAAAUGACUGGCAGAGGGGACGGAUCCCCUUCUUUGUGAAGCCUCCUGGACCAGAGGGAGAUCCAGAAGAUGAAAAACCAUGGCCCCUGGAAGGUCCACCGGCUGCAGAGGAGAACGUUCAGGAGGAACAGGCUGAUAAUCUGGACGGCGCGUCCGGAGAACAAGAGGAACAGCAGCAGCGGCAGAAGGAACAGGUCCAGAAGAUCCUUGCUAAUGUCCGACAGAACUUUGGCAAGAUCAAUGUGGCGCCUGAGUUCACUGAGGAAGAUUUGAUUCCUGUGGAGAUGCCAGACUUGGACUUGUCUGAUUUUUCUGGCUCCGACGUUGAUGAGGACGUUGACAAAGACGAGGGAGGGCAGGAAGACGAGCCCAGUGCAGAGCCAGCUGAUGGAGAUGCUGAGGUCUCUGAGGACACACCAUCUCAGACUGACGGUACCAAAGGCAAAAAGAGUUUACGGGAGGUAAUCCGUGAGCACGAUGAGAAAAUUACGAAGUACAAGCAGUUCCUGGACCGAGCCAAAUCCAAGCGCUUCUCUGAAAUCCGAAUACCAAAGGCACUUUCUGAGAAAGUGUUUACAGACCUCAAGACCAAGCAAGAAGCAGCUAAACAAGCACAGAAGAGAGAGAAUCCGUCAACAGUUACAAACCAGAAGAGCAAGAAGAGGAAAAGUGCGGCAGAUGAUGAUAAAUCUAUUCCGCAGCACAGGCUUACAUCUAAACAGAGGAGAGCACUGGACCGUGCUAAGAAGGGGAAGAAAGUUGGAGUGCGUUACUAUGAAACGCACAAUGUGAAAAACAAGAACAAGAACAGAAAGAUUCCAGCACCGCCUGCAGAAAGUCGUGGGGCUAAAAGAUCAAAGCACUAGACGGGGAAUAAACACAAAACUAUACAUAUUUAAACUGGCCAAAUUGGCUACAUUUUAUUGAAAUGACAAGCUAGGCAAAAUCUCGAAGCUAAACAUUGACAUGUCUUUUUUCCGGUGGUCAUGUGAUACUUUAUUUUGACUGCAAGCAAAUGGUCGCACCUUGCCCUCUCAACUCUUGAACUACAUGUAAUUCCUCAUUCACAAGUGAGCUGCUCUCUUGACAUUCAAGAGAAAUGGUCAGUGUGUUAACUGCUUAAAAUAUAGCUGUCAUGCUCUACAAAUAAAAUGCUAAAUUUCC